AUGAGCAAUGGCUCUGCUGUCAUCGAGGCAAUUUCAAAAGACUCGAAAAGUCUGGGUAACCUGAAGUACAAGCGUGACCUGCUUGGUGGUCUCGUCCAGUCGGCGGGCGACUUCUUCGGCGGCAUCGCCAAAGCCGGCGCCAGCAUCGUUGCCGGUUUCUCCAAGGCUGGCGGCAACGCUCUUAAAGGCAACUUGCUCGGCGCCGGUGCCGAUAUUCUGGGUGGUUUCGUGCAGGCCGGCACGGAUUUCUCUGGAGGCAUCGUGGCGGCCGGCGAAAGCAUCAUCAAUGGUGCCGUACAAGACGUCAGCCACACGAUUAGCUCUCUUGUGGACGUCGUUGCCGUCCCUGCUAUCAGCACGCUGAUCAAUCUAGUUGCAAAUACUGUUCAACUUUUUAUUAGCUCUUUUCUAAAUUUGGGUUUGGAUGUUUUAUCUCGAUUCAACCACGAUUCAUUUAUUCAGGAAAAGUUCGCGGGUCUUACCGAACAGUUGGUGAAUUUCCUGGAGGGUUUGAAACCGUUUAGUACAUUGCCCGGAUUUUACCCCUUGGUAGACGACGUGACCAAGGUUAUUGUCAAUAUACCCUUCUAA